CUCCCCAUCAGGUCCGUGUCCACGGUCCACACCACCAUCUCUCUCCACAUCCUGCCAUCCCCUCAGCCUCGCUGCUAUAAAGUCUGCACCCACAGCCGGCGGCGGCGCAGGAGCCUGGUGGCGUCUACGCUUCCUGAGCUGCUGGAGCAGGCAGCGAGGGUCUUCAUGCUGUCUUGCUGUAACCUCCUGACUCUGGUCCUGGAGGAGGACGGCACUGUGGUGGACUCUGAGGAGUUCUUCCAGUCGCUGCCCUGUAGCACUACGCUGAUGGUUCUGGAUAAAGGGGAGAUGUGGAGCCAAAGUAAGGUGAGACUCUUCAGCUAGAAACAGCAGACAGACCAAUGAAGGCUGAUUUAACUGGAA